GUACAACAACAUUAUGUAGAAUCAAUCUACUAUUUUUUCCAUUCUUCCUUCUAAACUGGCUAACUACAUUAUCUCACAUUAUACUCCAUCGGCCAAAUUCUUGCCCAGUCAUUUAACCUCAGGCUUUUUGUGUUCUCACAACUUGCUCAUUGACCUAUUUUGUCUUGCCAGUGAUGGUGGGGGUGAAUCAGUUUAUGUUGAUGGUUGAAAUACCAAUAAAGAAGGCUGCUUCAUCCAAGGUGAUGACGAGCUGUUCAACAAUUGCUUAACCUGUAUUCAUCCAGAUCGCUGUGGUUGGCAAAAACGAGAGUGUUCAAAAUGCAAGCAGAACGAAACAUUCGGAUAAUAGAAUGGGAGGACAUGGACAAGAAAAAAUUCUACUCUGUUGGUUUUCUCAUGGCUCUGUCAAUCCGCUUAGGAGUUUAUCCCAUCAUACUGAUUAGAACACGGCUUCAGGUCCAAAAAGGCAGGACCCAUUACAAAGGCACUUCUGACGCAUUCAGUAAAAUUCUAAAAUUUGAGGGGAUACGAGGACUUUACAGAGGGUUUCUGGUGAAUGCGUUUACCCUAAUCUCUGGCCAAGCGUACGUUACGACCUAUGAACUGGUGCGCAUGUACGUAUCCCGCUACAGCGACAAUAAUACAGUUAAGUCCAUUAUAGCUGGAGGCUCAGCAUCCAUUGUGGCACAGAGCUUCGUAGUGCCCAGCGAUGUAAUUUCCCAGCACAUAAUGAUGGCCGGCCAGAAAGGCUACAGGGGCCGAUUAGAGAUGUUCCAGAUACCAGGCACUACCAGACGAAACUUUGGCCAGGCAAAGGAGAUAAUUGUUAACAUUUUCAAGAUUGAUGGCCCACGAGGAUUUUACAGAGGAUAUUUAGCUGCCUUGUUGAUGUACAUUCCUCACAGUGCAGUGUGGUGGCCUUCUUACCACUUCUUUGCAGAGCAAAUUUCAAAAUGGACUCCCAUUGAAUGGCCUCAUCUGAUUAUUCAAGGAAUAGCUGGACCAAUGGCAGCAAUUGCAGCAUGUACAGUCACCAACCCAAUGGAUGUGAUCAAAACAAGGGUUCAGGUGGGGGACAAAUCGAUAAGUGACACUUUCAGGCAGCUCCUGAGAGAGGAAGGUGCGUGGGGCUUCACCAAGGGGCUCACCGCUCGCAUCUUAUCUACAGCUCCAACAGCUCUUGCCUUAGUGGUUGGUUACGAAACAUUGAAAAAGAUUAGUUUAAAAGAAGAAUUUGUGGCAACUAGACAUUGGUAAAACCAGUAUUGCAUUGGAAUAAAGUGCACAAAAAUGUUUUGCGUUUUUUACUGCUGCUGUGUCAAACUUUGGCUCUUACAUGCACCCUCACUGUCGGACAUUACUGAACUCCAGUCAUGGAGAUCCACAGAACCAGAAGCCAAUUGUGUUUCACAUAUACUCAGAUAUUUUGUUAACCUGAGUGCACAGUGCAUUCAGAAAGUAUUCAGACCCCUUCACUUUUUCUACAUUUACAGCCUUAUUCUAAAAUGGAUAAAAUUCAUUUUUGUUAUAAUCAAUCUACACACAAUACCCCGUCAUAAAAAAAGCGGAACCAGGUGUUUAGAAAUUUUUGCAAAGUAAUUAAAAAGAAAUAACUGAAGUAUCACAUUUACAUAAGUAUUCAGAUCCUUUACUAGUACUUUGUUGAGGCAUCUUUGGCAACGAUUACAGCCUCAAGUCUUCUUGGGUAUGACGCUGCAAGCUUGGCACACCUGUAUUUGGGUAAUUUCUCCCAUUCUUCUCUGCAGAUCCUCUCAAGCUCUCUCAGGUUGGAUGUGGACAUCGAUGCACGGGUUUCGAGUCCGGGCUCUGGCUGGGCCACUCAAGGACAUUCACAGACUUCUCACAAAGCCACUCCUGCGUUGUCUUGCCUGUGUGCUUAGGGUCGUUGUCCUGUUGGAAGGUGAACCUCUGCCCCAGUCUGAGGUCCAGAACGCUCUGGAGCAGGUUUUCAUCAAGGAUCUAUCUGUACUUUGCUCCGUUCAUCUUUCCCUCGAUCCUGACUAGUCUCCCGGUUCCUGCUGCUGAGAAACAUGCCCACAGCAUGAUGCUGCCACCACCAUGCUUCACCGUAGGUAUGGUAUUGGCCAGGUGAUGAGCGGUGCCUGGUUUCCUCCAUACAUGACGCUUGGCAUUCAGGCCAAAGAGUUCUUGGUUUCAUCGGACCAGAUAAUCUUGUUUCUCAUGCCUUUUGGCAAACUCCAAGUGGGCUGUCAUGUGCCUUUUACUGAGGUGUGGCUUCUAUCUGGCAACUCCACCAUAAAGGCUUGAUUGGUGGAAUGCUGCAGAUAUAGUUGUCCUUCUGGAAGAUUCUCCCAUCUCCACAAAGGAACUUUGGAGCUCUGUCAGUGACCAUCGGGUUCUUGGUCACCUCCCUGACCAAGACCCUUCUCCCCCGAUUGUUCAGUUUGGCCGGGCAACCAGCACCAUGAAGAGUCCUGGUGGUUCCAAAGUUCUUCCAUUUAAGAAUGACAGAGGCCACUGUGCUCUUCGGGACCUGCAAUGCUGCAGGAAUUGUUUUAUACCCUUCCCUAGAUCUGUGUCUCGACACAAUCCUGUCCCGGAGGUCUAUGGACAAUUCCUUCAUCUUCAUGGUUUGGUUUUUGCUCUGACAUGCACUGUCAACUGUGGGAUCUUAUAUAGACACGUGUGUGCUUUUCCAAAUCAUGUACAAUCAAUUUAAUUUAUUACUGGUGGAUUCCAAUCGAGUUGUAGAAACAUCUCAAGGAUAAUCAAUGUAAACAGAAUGAACCUAAGCCCAAUUGUGAGUGUUUAUUAGCAAAAUGUCUGAAUACUUAUGUAAAUGUGAUAUUUCAGUUAUUUCUAAUUACUGCAAACAUUUGUAAACACCUCUUUUCGCUUCUUAAUUCUGGGGUAUUGUGUGUAGAUUGAUGUUAAAAGAAAUGAAUCCAUUUUAAAAUAAGGCUGUAACAAUGGAAAAAGUGAAGGGGUCUGAAUAUUUUCUGAAUGAACUGUAAAUGUGGCAUCUAACGUAUGCAGAAAAAGGAAAUCGAUUCAUUCUGAUUUUGUUUGUUGUACCGAUGUUGAAUGAGUAAAAUGCUGUAUCAUCUUCAAGUCUUUGAUCUUACGUUGAAGCAAUUUUAAGCUAUUUAGCAAAAUGUAACAGAAUUAACAUUUGCUGAUCUUUCAUUGAGUGAACUUUUGAAGGUUUACUGCUACUCAUACAAGCAUUUGUUUUGUUAAGUGCCUUUACAUGUAGCCCUCCCAGCGCAUUAGUGUAAUUCUGUAAACACUCUCUGGGAUGGGAACAAAGUGAGCAAUGGUAUAAUUGUAUCAGACCUGGAGUGCUGUUUUGUCCCUUAUUUUUCAGUUCACAGGUUUUUAAUGCCAGUGGACGUUUGCAGUAAGACACUACUAAUCUUUAACAAUAGCUAUAAAGAGAUCUGUGUGUUAAAUGGAUAUCUAUUCACAUUUAAUUAAUUGAUUAGUAAUGGACUUUUCAGAUGGUAAGUACAAAAACUUCAUAAAGUUUUUCAUUGUUACACUGGGCAUUGGAACCUGAUACAGUUUUCAGCUCACUUAGGGUCAGGUGUCGGGGGAUAAUUGGAUGAGAAUGAGAAUACAAAAUAUACUUCAAAUAUAUUCCAUUUUAAAAUAAGAUACAUUGUUCUUGUUUUUACUUCUGUUAUAAAUUCUGCUAUUAACCAAUUUGUUGUAAAGCAAAUACAAGUUCAACAGCAAUAUUUGUUAAAGUAUAAUUAUAGCUGGCACGUUGAGGAAUCUGUAUUCUGAAGAUUUCAGGAAGUUAUUAAUUUCUAUAAUUAUCAGGAAGAUUAAAUAUAGAUAGGAGCAAACUGAAUAACUGUGUCUAGGAUGUAUUAACUGCAAACAUUGUGCUAAUAGCUGAUACAUGGAAGGAUAUGUGUGUAAUCUUGUUACUGUGCAAUCCAAUAGAGAGAGAUGAAUUCCAACUCUAUGACACCAGAAACUGCUCGUAAUUACACUCCUGGCAUUCUCUACUACGACAAGGAAGAACAGCCCAACAUCUAAUAAUGUUCUAUUGGUGUUUAGUUGCUUUAUUCUUAUUAGUCUAUUGAAAUCAUCCAAUAUAUCGUGACAAUCAAUGUUGGUCAUUGAUUAAUGUAUCACUUUCAGUGACCAAUGUUUUUUUGUCUAGUUAUCCAAGUGACAUUUUUUGAAACUGUUCAUUCUUGUAGCUUUUUUCUGAGUCUUUUCCAAGGCUGGUAUAUUACCUACCAUAUGAGUACACCAAAAUGUUGUCUUUUAAUCAAUAAUCAGAAUAGGUUUCAUGAUUCUUUUCCGUGUACAUGGAAUUCAUUCCAAAAUUGUUACAUGAACACCCUUGACACAGAUCAGCACCCCCAUACCCCACGCCCCUUGAUCACCCUGAUAUCUCACUGUCCCAAGGCCAACAUCUUCAUAUCACAUGACUUUGAGACCGGGGUCAAGGAAAGAGCGUUCACGUCGCGGCCCUGUUUCCACCAAUCGUUCCACCACCACACACAAGAAGCGCAAGACAGACACCAUUGUGCAGAUGCCGAGAAGUGUGUUCAACUCUGGCUGAACAACUUCUAAUCUUGUGAGGAUCCCAACCCAAAACAUCCAUCCAUGUUCUCCAGAGUUGCUGCCUGACCCGGCGAGUUACUCCAGCACAUUGUGUCUUCUUUUUUUGUAAACCAGCAUCUGGAGCCCGUUGUGUCUCCACUCUCAGCCUAAUCACAUUAACUAAGUAUGUAUAUAAAAUAUAUUAAUAUCCUAAAGCUCCCUGACUUUACUAGAUUUUCUCAUUUUUACCUUGGUAACCUUAGUAGCUUUCUCAUUUCAAUCCUGUGAAUUCUGCACCAACAAGAAUGCAGUGGAACACUGCCACCUACAGGUCGUAGUGCGAGUGGCUGCUACCUCCAUACUGACUUGGAAAGACAUUGCUGGUCGUUCAUUAGUGCCCAAUCCCAGACUCCCUGCCCAUGGACACUGCAAGAGCACCUUCAUCAAAAGGACUGCAGCAGUUCAAGUAGGUGGCUUUCCCAGGUUAAUUAGAGAUGGACAAAAAUGCUGAUGCUUACAUCCCAAAAACAUAAAUAAAAAUCACGCUCAAAGUAGUGAACAAUGUAUGAUUUGAAAACAACCGCUUCAUUUUUGCACGUUAACAAUCACUCAUUAUACUGUUUGUUUGUUCUUGACAGUAUCAGUACAACUCAAGGCUCCCGUGAUCUGCAUUGAACAAAACCCUGCUUGCAAUGGCUGCUGUGUAGGAAGGAACUGCAGAUGCUGAUUUACACCGAAGACAGACACAAAAUGCUGGAUUAACUCGGUGAGACAGGCAGCAUCUCUAGAGAGAAGGAAUAGUGAGGUUUUGGGUCGAGACCCUUCUUCAGACUACUGGUUAUGUGAGCUUGCAUCCCCUUUGCCACUGGUACACUCAGCCCACUGCACAAUCUAGAGCAGGAAGUAUGUAAUAAAUGGUAGGGCUCAUAGAAACAUAGAAAAUAGGUGCAGGAGUAGGCUAUUCGGCCCUUCGAGCCUGCACCGCCAUUCAAUAUGAUCAUGGCUGAUCAUCCAACUCAGUAUCCUGCACCUGCCUUCUCUCCAUACUCCCUGAUCCCUUUAGCCACAAGGGCCACAUCUAACUCCCUCUUAAAUAUAGCCAAUGAACUGGCCUCAACUACCUUCUGUGGCAGAGAAUUCCAGAGAUUCACCACUCUCUGUGUGAAAAAUGUUUUUCUCAUCUCGGUCCUAAAAGAUUUCACCCUUAUCCUUAAACUGUGACCCCGUGUUCUGGACUUCCCCAACAUCGGGAACAAUCUUCCUGCAUCUAGCCUGUCCAACCCCUUAAGAAUUUUGUAAGUUUCGAUAAAAUCCGCCCUCAAUCUUCUAAAUUCUAGCGAGUACAAGCCGAGUCUAUCCAGUCUUUCUUCAUAUAAAAGUCCUGACAUCCCAGGAAUCAGUCUGGUGAGCCUUCUCUGUACUCCCUCUAUGGCAACAAUGUCUUUCCUCAGAUUAGGAGACCAAAACUGUACGCAAUACUCCAGGUUCAAGGGAAUAUUGCAGAAACAGAAACAAAUGAGAGGUGCAGGUACAUAGUUCAAUGAAGUUGGCAACGCAGCUGGACAAGAUGGUGAAGAAGGCGUUUGAUACACUCGCAAUAUCAAAGUUACUUUCCCCUGCAGUGUUUUCAGAAAUAAAGGUAUUUUUAAAAGC